CAUUGGCUAAAAUCCCUUUCGGUCAUGCGCAGGGGAGGCCGCGUGGCGGCGAGCCCGGCUCUCCGAUAGGGUGCGAGAGGAACCGCGGCGAGAAAGGGACCUUUCGGGAUGGGCGGCGGGUGAAGGCCAUGGCGGGAGGGACGAACGCGGCCUCGGGGCGGCCUAGGCUUGGCCGCCGCUUCCUCCUCCUCCUCGGGGCCGCGGUCCUCGUGGUGCCGGUGGGCGGCUCAGUUGAUCGCGUGUUGCCUCUUGAAGAUCAUCGCAUGCAAAAAGAGAAUUCCUCUAAGCAGUUUUGCUACACAAACAAGGUGACCCCAAAAUGGCAUGACAUAUGGACCAGAAUUCAGAUACGAGUAAAAAGCAGCAAGAUGAUCCGAGUCAUCCAGGUGGAAAAUGAGGAAAAGCUUAAGGAACUGGAGGGAUUCAAUGUGUGGAACUACAUUGGCUCCUUCUUCAAAGAGAAACUCAAUGACACCUAUGUUACUGUAGGUCUCUACAGUAAUAAAACUUGUUUGAAAGUUGAUGUGCUUGAAGAAGGCUCCAAUUACACCAUCAUCGUUGCUCGUACAUUUGAUCCCAAGCUCUUCGUGGUUACAUUUCUGGGCCUUCUGCUGUUUUUCUGUGCUGACUUGAUGAGCAGAAGUCCACUUUUCUUCUAUUCGGCUGGAAUAAGCAUUGGCGUGCUAAGUUCAUUGCUAAUUGUCAUCUAUGUAAUGUCCAGAAUGGUGCCCAAGAAAAGUCCCAUCUACCUCAUGCUAGUGGGAGGCUGGUCUUUUUCUGUUUACCUUAUUCAACUGGUCUUCAGAAACCUGCAGGAGAUCUGUAAAUUGUACUGGGAAUAUCUGUUGGGUUACUUGCUCGUUGUAGGGUGUAUCAGCUUUGCAGUGUGCUACAAAUAUGGGCCCCUGGAGAACGAACGCAGCAUCAAUCUCCUCACUUGGGGUUUGCAGGUUCUUGGCUUGCUUUUCCUCUACGCAGGCAUCCAGAUACGGCAGAUCGCCAUCGCACUGAUCGUAAUUGCAUUCUGCACUAAAAACCUGGAGUACCCAGUCAUGUGGGCCUAUGCUAUCUACAGCAGGAAGGUCUCCACAGCCCCAGAAAAGCCCAGCCCACCACGUCUGCUGACUGAGGAGGAGUACCGGAUACAGGGGGAGGUGGAGACACGCAGAGCCCUGGAGGAAUUGCGGGAGUACUGCAGCAGCCCAGAAUUCUCUGCCUGGAAAGCAGUCUCCCGCAUCCAGUCUCCCAAGAGAUUUGCUGAUUUUGUAGAAGGUGCUUCGCAUGUGGUCCCCAAUGAGGUCUCUGUCCAUGAGCAGGAAUAUGGGCUGGGAGGUUCUUUUCUGGAGGAUCAGCUCUUUGAAGAGGAAGAUGGAGAGCGAGACUACAGCUUUGAAGAAGAGGAAUGCGUGGACACCGCUUGGCCCCAGAAUCAUCUGAGUUUCUGAAACAAAGCCGGCUAGUAUUCAUGCAGAUAGAUUGGUUGGUAAUGCCCCUUGUUGACAUGGGGUAGGAGUUGCAGCGUUGCUGCUCUCAUGUUAGAGUGAGCACAUGUAUACCUAGUCUACUGUGGAUGGCACAUACAGAACAAGGUGUAUAUGCUUGGCAGACUGCGCAAAUGGGCUGGGGUUCUAUUAAAGCCCUACUGCCUACACUAAACAAUGAAUCGAACGUGCAGUGAGCUACACAUGGGGCAGAGUCCUGGACUCAGUAUCUUGUGGGCUGUGAGUGAAUAAGGCUAGGCAACUGGGGAGCAAGGUGGAGUUGUGACAAUCUAUUUAAAACCUGCCAGUAAUGAAUUAUUUUGCCUUGAUUAGACAGGGGCUCCAGAGGAAGGGCUUACACCAGUGUGUAAUGUCCAGCUGAGUUAGGGUUUGCUGUAAGUACCUUAAUUGGUGUCAUACUUUGUUUCUUGGAAGCCCAGAAUGCUGUCGUCCGAGGUCUGACUUUUCAUGGUGUCUGUGGUGGUUGGUAGAGAUACUGCCCCCUUGGUGGCUCCUGUGCUUAUCAUCUGUUAGGCAACUCUUUCUUAUGCUAUCAAACUUGAUCCUGUGCUUGGCACAGUUCUUUAAUGAACAGCAGAUGACCCACAUUAUGCAUGUUUCAGCUCAAACAGGAUUUUGUCUGCUUGCAAACAAGAUGCAACCAAUUUUUUUGGGUGGCUUUCUACUGCUUUCUAUGUUUUUGUUUGUUUUGAACUAGUCUCCUCCCAACGUAAGUUUGCCUGUAUAGCUUUCUGAAGCUGCUGUUUGGUGUCAGAAAAGACCAACGAACCGAUACAGGUACUAUAACAGGAUUUAACUUAUGCCUUGCUACUUUCAAGCACCUGUUUGGUCCUCUCGUUACCACCUGGCUUUAAAAAUUCUGACAGCCAAGUUGGGUUCUCGGGGGUUUGUUCCUUUUAGCAGAUGCAGCUUGGCAUAAUCUAAUAAAGAGCUGUUAAAUUUUAUAGGCGACUAAGCCUGUCAAAUUCUACCACCCUUUUAACUUCAGGGAUAGUUCCUAAAUCAAGAAUUACAGACAUAAUGGCAACCCGGUUCACUUAGGUGUAGGUCCUUAUUAUCAUAUUUCUUGAGCCUUUUUCAAAUUAGUUUCUACAGAGAAAUGUAGCAAAGGCCUACGUUUUCAAAAUGGUUGUUUUUCCAGAGAUCAGUUGAAUUGUAUCUUCCAAGAGUGGCAUUAGGCUCCAUGAAGUUCUUUCAGGAAUAACUCCCUCAAAAUAGUUGACAGCAUAUGACAGAGAAUUUGACUAGUUAUAUGUGCCUUAUUUACCUAGUCUUGGAGCAACAUGAGCAAACACAAAAAGGUGAUAAUAGCUGUCAUGUCCUGUGUUCUGGCUAUUCUGUUUCUUCUCUGUAGCCUGAUACUUGUGCAAAUGGUGCCCAGUAUAUUUGGCAGAACCUGGUCAGCAGGAUUUUUGGGAUCGGAAUUCUUCCUUUUCUCCAUAUUCAGAGAUCAUAAAAACAAUAUAGUUGAUCAGAAAAUGGGGAGAACUCCAUGCUGUUGGUAUACAUUUUGAAUGAAUUUAGUGUUACAAGAAACAUGGGACUACCUCUGAAAAACACAACCCCCUGUCUGCAUCC